AUUUCGCAAUAAUCAUAACAAUAUUUAUGUUAUAAGAAGAAGACUGCGAAAGAUCUAUUAUUGAUUGCAUACACUUGUUAUAAAACAGAAUUAAAUAAAGUGUUUUAAGACAUAGUACAGUAUGAUGUUGGUUCUGUCUUGUAAAACAGCGAGAUGCCAUUCAGUUUAAAGAAAAAGAAAGACGGUACAAAGAGUAAGACGACAAUGCAUCUCUUCAGAUCACAAAGUGAUGAAGCCAAAAAGAGAUUACAGCACCAACUAUAUUUGGCACAAGAGAACCCUGAACCAUAUAUUGAUAUAUCAGCAUGUCAGAUAUCAUCGAUUCCAUCAACUGUUUAUUCAACUUGUCGAGUAUUAAACAAAGAGGUAUUACUUCUACAUGAUAACUGGAUAUCAACAUUAGAGGAAACAGGAAAACUCACAGAUCUCAUCUCACUACGAGUAUUGGAUCUGCACAAUAAUGACAUAAAAAGUUUACCAGAAAAUAUUAAACAUCUGGAGAAUCUACAGGUUUUAAAUCUUGAAGGGAACAAACUGAAAAAAUUACCAGAAGAAAUUGGUGAUCUUCACAAUCUGCAAACCCUCAAUGUUAAAAAUAAUAAAAUACAAGAAUUACCUAAAUGUAUUAGUGGUUUAUGUCGAUUAAGAACCUUAGAUAUUUCCAAUAAUGAAAUCUCCAAGUUACCGGUUGACCUGUGUAUGAUUCGUACAUUAGAAACAUUGACCCUUGAUAGUGAUCACAUGAAACAUCCAUCUACAAAUAUUUGUGAAAAGGGAACUGAAGAAAUAAUGAAAACUUUAUGUAACGAAUAUGGUAUAGAAUAUCAAGCGCCAUCUAAUUUUCUACUCAAUGUAUUAGAUACACCUAAACCUAUGAGUAGUUCUUGGAGUAAUAACUCUUUUAAAGUUCGAAAAGAAGAAGUUAAACUAUUGGAAACAGUUGAACAGUAUCAGAAUUUAGCGGAUCAAAAACAUAAGGAGAGAGUUGAGUUAGAGAAACAGAUGUGUGAUGAACAAAUUGCUCAAGCUAACUUAGCUAAUGCUGUAGGACAUAAUAAACAACAUUUAGUUGACAGUAUUACUAAGGAUCAAGAGAAAAUAGAACAGGAGUUAUCCGAGAUAUCAACUCGUAAAGAAGCAGAUAGGCUGAAAUUAUUUGCUGAACUUGUAGCAGUGGAGAAAAGUGCUGAUCUAUUAAUAAGCCAAUUACUAGAUAUCAAUGAAAAAGCUAAGAAAACGGAACAUAUGUUGGAGAUUGUUGAAAAAGAAAGGAGAGAAAAAGAUGAUUGGUUUGUUGUUCGCUGGGAAGAAGUACAAAAUCUUCGUAAAAGAGAUGUUUUAGUUGCCAUGGAAAAAAUGUUAAAAGAAUCUGAUGAAUCAGAAAUAUUACGACAGACGUUUACAUCAGAUAGAGAAUACAAUGCUAGAAGAUAUUUAGCCGAAGAACAAUCAACAUCAGAUAAACAGUUAAAAGAUAUUUUACAUUCUAGAGAUGUUGGUCAAAAAGUACUUAUUCAUACACUAGCUCAACAAGAUGAAUUACAGAAACAAGCCUUUGAAGUUUUACAACUACAGAAAGAUGCUAAACAUCAGCGUAUUACCAGUGAAAUAGAACUUAUAGAACAUGAAUUAGCAGAACUUUCUAGAAUAGAAAGAGACAGAAGAGACUUACGUGCUGAAACUGAAAUGAAUUUAUUAUGUGAAAAGAGAAUUGCCUUAUGCUCUAUGUUGAGUCAACUUAUGAGUGAACAAGAAAAACGCCAGAAAGAACUUAGUAAAAGACUGUUAGAAAUGGAAGAACAGAGAUUAGAUGGUCAGACUGAUUAUUGGAUGGUUCAAUAUCAACGUUUAAUGGACUCGAAACCACAACAACUUAUAGAUCAGGAACGAAAUCUCGAAAUAGCAGUGGUUAAAAUUCUACAGAAAUCUGCAGCAGAAGAUUAUAUACCGGUUUUUGCUCGACAUCGUAUGACCAUUGAAACAAUGUUACAAUUAUCAGAAGAUGAUAUGAAACAGAUGGGUAUAUAUGAGUUAGGUGUAAGAAGAUCUAUAUUAAAUAAUAUUGAUGAUUAUAGAAGACACAAUAAAACAACAGAUAAAGAGCAACAGUUUGCCAGCUCUUCCGAUCAUACACCUUCUGCUCCUCCAGCAACACCUAAGAAUGUUAGUCCUGAUGAAGGUUUGUCGGCCUUACGUAGACAGAAAUCAGUCACUGCUCGAGGUCUACAUUCAGAAUGUGCCAUAUGUUUAGAUCAAGAGUCACAAGUGUUAUUCCUGAAUUGUGGUCAUGUUUGUUGUUGCUCAGAGUGUUCUACUCCAUUAACAGAGUGUCCAUUGUGUCGAGCAGCCAUUGUGCAAAGAAUAAGACUCAAUCUUGUCUAAACAUAACUUACACAAAUCAACAAUUAUUCUCCAUGUAUGUUAAACUCAGUUGAAAUAUUCCAAAUCAAACUACUUAAUUCUCGGUGAUUUGAAACAAAUGUGUUGUCGUUAUCUAAUGAUAACAAAAAACAAGAUGAGGUAAUAUAACAAAGAGGAAAAAAAAUAAAGUGCAGAUCACUAGGCAUUGAUGCUACUUGCUCAGCAAUAUUCAACCAUGGAGAAAAAAAAAACAGUAAAAAAGUUAGCAUAUAUGUUUCGUAUCAUCUUGACUUUCUUAAAAUGUGAAUAUAUAUAUGUAAAUACUGAUCAAUAUACUCAUCUGUUAUUAGCAUUAUAUGUCAACUUGUUACAGAUAUUCUAAUUACUGGUAAUACAUCAGAUUCACUGAUUGUUAAAUGUAAUGUGGCAAUAUAAAGAUGUUACUAGAUUAGUUCAGGCCUAAUAGUUUAUAUCAUAUAAUAAGUGUUCCCAGCUAGAUUAAAUAUUUAAAAACACUAGUAAAAUAUUAGUAUUUAUCUAUGAUGCAUGCUCAGUUGGUAUAUAUAAGUGUCAAAUGAGAAACCCCUUGGAUAAUAAAAUAAUGGGAAAAUGUUGUUUUUGAUUCAACUGUAUUUCAAGUAAAACAUCUGAUCGAAUCAAACCUGUUCAUCUUCAUGCAUUUAAAUUUAAUUGAAUCUUCCCCUUGAUAUAUUAUUUGGGUCUCCAAUUUCCCAGUAUGAAUUUUUUAUAAACCCACAAGGAAAUGUGGGUGAAUAUUGUUGUCACCACUGUCUGUCUGAAUGACAUCCACAAAUGCUUGUAGACGGUCUAGAGGCUUAAAUUAUCAUCUGAAAAAUCCAAUGGUUUUCAAUGCUGUUGGAGUUAUCACCCUUAAUCAAUAUGACAAAUCUUGUGGACGCUGUAGAAGCUAAAGUUAUCAUGUGAUUGAUUUGAAAUUUAUCCUCCAGUGUUUAUAUUCAUAAGAUGAAGAAGUCUAUGGAUUUAUUAAAGUUAUUAUCUGAUUACUGGUACAUGUUUCGUAUAAUAAAUGUUAGCACUAGGAAGAACUAGAAGGCAAUCAAAUUUUAAUUAUUUUUGAUAAUUACUUUUUGGAUUGUUACUCUUGAUCAGUUUUUAGCUGCUUUGGGUAUGUUUUAUUGGCUGGCAACGUAUUUUCAAUUUAGCAGAAGACACAAAAUGACAUUGUAGCAGACUAAAAUUCAGGGUCAGUAAUUGAACACCAAUUUUGUUAUCCUAGGGGGCGACCUUAGAACAAUUUGUAGCAUUAAUAUUUGUAUAAUAAAGUAACUGUCUAUAUCUUGAUUACUAUAUAUGGUAUUAUAAUUAAGAAAUUACUAUAAACGGUUGUUAUUUAGUAGAUAUUAUUUAUUUUUAAGAAAUUACUAUAUAAGCCAUUAAUUGUUAUUUUAGUAAUUAUUUCCUAUAUUAAGAAAUGACAAUACUAAAACAAUGAUUGUUAUUUUGUACCUAUUAGUUCUUUUAUUUUAGAGUCUCAUACUUGAUUGUGAUUAUAUACACGUUCUUUAUAUUGUAAAUACAUUUUUAUGAUUUGUUUUUUUAAUUUAAUGUCUGUUGUUAUAUAUAUAAAACUUUUAUAAUAAGGUAUCCAUGCUUCAGUGGACACAUUAGCCGAAUCAUUCGGCGCCAAAUUUUAUUUUGUCAGAAUGGGUGGACACAGGCGAAUGCAUCACCUCACAAAUCACAUAAUUUAACAUGGCGGCGUCUAUAUCUUCAAACAAUCACGUGACUUCUCGAUAGGAAUGAAUGGUGAUUGGCUAAUGGUUAUAAAGCAGUGGACACAUUAGGUGAAUAUAAUUUGGCUGAAUAUUAUAUCAAACAAUUUUUAUUCGGGUGAAUCAUUCGGCGGAAUGACAGUGAACACACUAGGCUGAUUUUGGCCGAAUCAUUCGGCUAGGGUGUUCACUGCUUUAGAUAUUAUAGUCCCUACAUUUGUUAUAAUAUAAUCUCUACUGUUGUUACUUCUAUACUUGUCGGUGAGCUCUGUACAUUUCAAAUUGAAGAGAUGUUCCCCACUGAGUAAUAGUAUUUCAUGUAUUCACAAAACAAACACAAUUUGUAUUGUUCAGGUUAAUACUGGUAGUCAUGGUCACUAUAGUUAUAGAUGAGAUUCAUUUAGUUCGGCAUUAAACUAAUAUCUAUCUACCCAAUGUGGAAAUAUUGUUAGAAUAUAGCAAAACAAUUAUAUGUGACCAAUGCAAUUAAAAACAAGAGGCAUUAUCACUUUGACAAAAAAAACAUGCUUAUCGAAGUAUUGAAAAUACCAUUACCGACAUCCUUAUGGCUGUUUUCCAUGUAAGCAUUUCCGUCAGUUACAUGUAAAUAGUCCCAUUACAUUUGCAUUAGACCAACUUUUUGUUAGAGAAAAUGUGUACCUGGAAAACAAGCCUUAAAUUAAGUCUGUGAACACCACAAUAAAUUAUGUACGAUUUAAAAGUUAUCUUGGCAGUGGUUUUGCAGAUUUGUCCUUAAUCUGAUUACCGAAGUGACAGUGCCUCUUUACACUUAGUCUUCCCGCUUGAUGUGUAUUAAAUACUUGCCUACAUUGUUACAAGUAUUAUAAUGUAUCUUUGUUGAUUGUAACUUGUAAGGCUUAGUUAUUUUUAUACGCCCACAUUUUCAUGUGGACGUAUAUUGUCGUCGCCCCUGUCUGUCCGGAUGUCCGUCCACAAAUGUUUGUGAACACUCUACAGUUCACAAUUUUUAUCCGAUUUCAAUAAAACUUGAAAUAUAGGUUUAUCACCCUAAGAUUUUGGUUCCUUUCGAUAUUGGCAUGUAUUGGACUGUAACUUCAUGGAUUAUGGCCCCUGAUUGUACGAAAAAUCACGUGUUUAGCUUGUGAACACUUUUAUCCGAUUUGGUUUAAACUUGAAAUGUAUGUUUUGUAACCCACAGAUCUCGGUUCCUUUCGAUAUUCAUGCAUAUCGGACCAUAACUUCCUGAAUUAUGGCCCCUGAUUGUACGAAAAAUCUUCUAUUUAGCUUGUGGACCCCAUAUAGGUCACAAUUUUUAUCCGAUUUAAAAAAAAUGUGUAUAUUUAUUUAUUUUACACCCUAAGGAUGGUUGAGUUUGAAUUUCGUAAAAAUCGGACCGAAACUGACGGACAAAAUGGCCACCCCUCGUUCGCAAAUAGUGUCAAAAUAUUGCUUAUCAGGGUUGUGGACCCUCUGGAGGUCACAAUUUUCAUCUGAUUUUGAUGAAACUUGAAAUGCAUGUUUAUAACCCACAGAUCUCGGUUCCUUUCGAUUUUCGCGCAUAUAGGACCAUAACUUCGUGAAUUAUGGUCCCUGAUUGUACGAAAAAUCGCAUUUUUAGCCUGUGGACCCCAUAGAGGUCACAAUUUUUAUCCUGAUUAUUACCCCUGAUUGUACAAAAAAAUCGCUUUUGUUUUUAGCUUGUUCUCUAUCGAUCUAUUGCAAAAUGUGGGCGUAUCCUACCUGGCAGUCGCUGGUUUAAACAGAAACCACUAUUUGAUAGUAUUAUUUUAAAAAAAAAAACAAAAAAAAACGGGUUCAGUUGCAUUUAAUCUUAUGGACAUUGAAGGAUUUUUAAUGUGAUUCAGUGUGCAAAAUUAAACACUAAGAAAUGGUCUACUACUGACAAGAACCUAGUACACAGAAUUAAUCAGUUUUAUUUACUGAAAUAUAUACGAAAAUUCAUCAUUAAUAAUAAUAUUUAGGUAAUCCACACUUCAACUUGUAGGUGAAACACAUCUUAUUGUAGUUAAUGAAAUACAGGGAAAUAUAUUUACAUACAGAUAUUACCACAAACAGGUAAUUAAGCGUGGUGGAUUUAUUAAAAACAGACUAAAAGACUAAAAAUCACAAUCUCUAUGCUUCUUCUUUUUAGCAGUUAAAAAGAAUUCAUACAUAAAUAGUAAUUAUUGUUUUUAAAGUCUGUAAAUUUCUAAUAUAACAGUAUGAUAAUUCAAAUGGAAUCUCACAGCACAUAAAAUCAGGUUAGUCGCAGAUGAUGAAGAUUGAUUUAUUGGGAGAUCUGAAAAAUAUAUCCACUUCAAUCCCAAUUGAAGAUAUGGAUUAAAGAUGCAUUAUGUAAGAUUUAGAUACAGAAGAUAUAUUUUGAAAAUUUCAGUCAAAUUUCUUUAUUCUGAGCGAAGUUAUGAAUGUUUGAAGCUUUGACAGGUAAAUAGUCUUGAUUAUGUCAUUGUAAAAAAAAAAUGUCUUAAAUAAUAAUUUAUAUAACAUUUGAAGUCAAAAUAAAAACCUGCUCUAAGCAGAUUUAUAUCUUACAUAAUGCAUCUUUAAUGAUCUAUUUGUAAAGGUUUAAAAGAGAAAUAGCGCUCAAUAUGAUUUCAAGUGUCUGUGAUAUUAAAUUUCAAGGGUUAUUGCUGGUUUCUUUUCUACUGUGUUUAAUGUAAAUAUUCAUGUAUUGUUAAUUUAUAUAUAAACUUGCCAUUAAUGUUAGUCCUAUUACAUUUCAUUUCUGUGAUUUUCUAAAAAUAAACUCUGCUAAAAUAAAUAUUGAUUGGAAAAUAUGUUAUAUGUUACUUCAGGCUAGGCACAGUUUAAUAAUACAUAUUUGAUGUACAAAUAGGUUAAAACAAUAUGUAAAUAACUUGUUUAACUUUUUGUGGGUUUAUUAUGUAUUUUGAGCCUUUAAUUCUAUUUUUACUGGUCAUUUGAGACUGACAACACCAUUUUGGGGCAAAAUAGGUCAUUUGGGGACUAACAUAGAGUAUGUCUUUACAGACAACCCUAAUCCUGGUAACAUACAAAGCUGAGAAUCUUGAAUUGAUGACAGACCUUAUGAUCUAAAGUACAUGUAUGCUUUAUUCC